GAGGAGGCGGAGGAGAGAGACACAGAAGGGUGUCGACGGAGAGAGGCAGGGGUAGAGGAGAAGAGGAGGGGAGGAAGAAUAAUAGAGUAAUAUUACAAGCUUCCAAUAAUGGCGGCUAAAUCGGACGGGGUCCUGAAGAUAAAGAAGAGCGACGUUGCCUUCACCCCGUUGCAGAACUCGGAGCACUCCGGCUCGGUGCAGGGGCUCCACCCGGGAGCCCAGCCCGACUCUGCGGGUACCGGGGACUUCGCGAACGGGGAGUCGCGGUGCUGCGGCGGGGGAGGCUCCGGCUCGACGUGUCUCCGCCUGGUGAGAGAGCAGCAGAGGUACACGGUGUGGGACUGUCUGUGGAUAGUAGCCGCAGUUGCAGUGUAUCUUGCGGAUGUCGGCACCGACGUGUGGCUGUCGGCGGACUACUACCUCCGCGGCGAAUACUGGUGGUUCGGCCUGACGCUCUUCUUCGUGGUGCUGGGCUCCUUUUCCGUGCAGCUCUUCAGCUUCAGAUGGUUCGUCCACGACUUCAGCACCGAGGACGGCUCGGAGUCCUCCGUGGAUUGCUCCCACAUGGAUGGGAACAAGCUGCUGAGCGGCUCCGCCUCACACGGGGAUGUGACUGCGCAGCACCACCCGGCCACGCCGCAGAGACAGGCGUCGACCGCCAGCAAGAACACAGCCACCAACAGCACCAGCAGCACCGCGGCGGGCCGGGGAAGGAAGCGUCCGGCCUACUACUCCUUCUGCGUGUGGAGCAGCCAGUCCGUCAUCCACAUCUUUCAGCUGGGCCAGAUAUGGAGGUAUUUCCACACCAUCUACCUGGGCGUUCGGAGUCGUCAGAGUUCUGAGACGGAGCACUGGCGCUACUACUGGAGGAUGGUGUAUGAGUUUGCAGAUGUGAGCAUGCUGCAUUUACUGGCCACCUUUCUGGAGAGCGCUCCACAACUGGUGUUGCAGCUGUGCAUCAUUAUACAGACACAUAAGCUCCAGGCUGUGCAAGGGAUGACAGCGGCAGCCUCCCUAGUCUCUCUGGCCUGGGCCCUGGCCUCCUACCAGAAGGCUCUACGGGAUUCUCGGGACGACAAGAAGCCCAUCAGCUACCUGGCCGUCAUCAUCCAGUUCUGCUGGCACUUCUUCACCAUCGCUGCCAGGGUCAUCACUUUCGCCCUGUUCGCCUCUGUGUUUCAACUCUACUUCGGCAUCUUCAUUGUGCUGCACUGGUGCAUCAUGACCUUCUGGAUUGUCCACUGCGAGACAGACUUCUGCAUCAGCAAGUGGGAGGAGAUUGUGUUUGACAUGGUGGUGGGCAUCAUCUACAUCUUCUCCUGGUUCAACGUCAAGGAGGGACGGACAAGGUGUCGGCUCUUCAUAUACUACCUGGUGAUUCUGGUGGAGAAUGCUGCUCUCAGUGCGUUGUGGUACCUCUACCGCUCGCCCCACACCACUGACGCCUUUGCAGUGCCAGCUCUCUGCGUCAUCUUCAGCAGUUUCCUCACCGGAGUGGUUUUCAUGCUCAUGUACUAUGCCUUUUUCCAUCCCAACGGGCCUCGCUUCGGCCGCUCACCAAGUGGCCAGGCACUGGACCUGGACCCCACUGCUCAAUUCUCCACGCUUCCGUCCGAAGGUGCCACCAACUCGCUUCGUUCCAACCGGGGUGCCACCACAACUCUGGAGCGCGACAUGGGGAAGUAUUCCGAGCGGGACGGCUGCAUGCCAGUUUUUCAGGUCCGACCCCCAGCACCAUCCACGCCAUCGUCCCGUGCUCCGCGCCUCGAUGAGACCGUCAUCAAGAUCGACCUUUGCAGGAACCGCUACCCUGCGUGGGAACGCCAUGUCCUCGACCGCAGUAUACGCAGGGCAAUCCUGGCCAUAGACUCCUCACCGACUCCUCCGCGGCUGCAGUACAAAGACGACGCUCUGGUGCAGGAACGGUUAGAAUAUGAGACCACGUUGUAGUUCCACUGCUCUCAGAACCCAAAGAGGGGUGCUGCGGUCAAAGGAUUAUCCUGCUAUCACAAGAACAGCAACAGGGUCUGUGGCAAUAAGAAUUUGUUACUACCAACAAUCUCACGUUCCAUCUCUCAUUACCCCUUUUCUUUUCUAUUCCGUAGCGCCACCAAGGAUGAAAGACGGUAAGCUUUGAUUAGUUUUGACCACGGCAAGAAGCAAUUACUCUAUAGACCGUUUCAACUGAAUUACAUUGCUAGGCUACAGCUCGGGUCUAUGACUACUUCCUGUCAGGUUAUGUUAUGAACUUAGACUGCAACACAAAAUUAACUGGGACACAUUUAGAAUAUUUAUGUUUACAACUGUGAAAGGGUCUGUAAUUGCCCAAUGUGACACAGUGACCAUACAUAUUGUGUGUUCCAAACAUUUUCUUCUUUGGCCUAGACAUUCCAUUAUUCUGGGAUGAUGAUGGUCUUCACUGGAAAAGGUCAUAAAGAACUGAACUAGUAGCAUC